AUGUUUGAGAUGGGAUUGUGCGACCGACUAACCAAGUUCCUAACGGCUAGCGGCGCACUCUGUAAGCAGCAGCACGCCUACCAAGUUGGUAGGUCCACAACCGGAGCCGCUCGCCUUUUGAAGCGAACUGUAUUGGAACACCUCGAGAGCAGGAAACGCGUAGCUGCUGUCUUCUUUGAUUUGUCACGUGCCUUUGAUUUGGUCGAUCACAAUCUCAUCGCAAACAAACUUGAACACUAUGGCGUCCGUGGCAUUGUACUCAAGUUGCUCAAUUCCUUCCUAUGUGACAGAGAGCAAUCGACUGACGUCAACAAUAAGAAGUCGAGUCUUGUCCCCAUAGGAAACAGGUCCGUACCGCAAGGGUCGAAUAUUGGAAAUAACAUGUUCCUAAUUCUAAUGAAUGACCUUCCGUUUGACUCGCCAAUAGUAGACUUUAUAAUGUACGCUGAUGAUAUCUGCGCCAUUAUUAAUGCCGACACCAGAGAUCAACUGCUUGCAAACGUUCGCUACGUUAUAGAUAACCUCUCUGAGUGGUUUGCAGUAAAUGGAAUGCUCCUAAAUCUCGAUAAAACCAACCUAGUCGAGUUCAACUUAAAGAAAAGUCAAGAACCUGCUGAGACUAAUUCACUGCGGUCAGAAAUGGAAUGCUACCCGUAUACCCAUAAUAUGAAGUCGCAGCGACACAGUGGUGUUGUGUCACAUGUCACAUUGUGCCCCGGACUUGAAAGCGCGUUGGCAGUACGGCGUCGCGCGGGCGCUCACCGCGAGUCGUAA